AUGAGUUAUACUCCCUCCGAAAAUUCGGUGACCAAGCCCGAACAUGACGAUCUCCAUAACGACGUCAAGGGCUACACCCACGAUCAAGAACAUGCAACCACAGAUUUCAGCGAUGGACCGGCCGCGGAAAUAGCCGAUGACGGAGUGAAGCGAGGUCUUAAGACCCGUCAUCUCAGUAUGAUGGCCCUGGCCGGUAUCAUUGGCCCCGGUCUGCUCAUUGGAUCUGGUGGUGCUCUGACCUCUGGAGGUCCUGCUUCCCUGAUUAUCGGUUUCGGCUGUAUCGGAAUCAUUGCCUUCUCUAUCAUGCAGUCUCUUGGUGAAAUGACUACCCUGUACCCUACUGGUGGAGCAUUCACCAAGCUGGGAGAUCGAUUUGUGGACGAGGCUGCCGGAGCUGCAGUCGGCUGGAACUACUUCAUCAUCUGGGCCUGUGUCCUUUCCAACGAGUACAAUGCUCUGACUUCCAUUCUGUACUUCUGGUCGGAAAAAGUCCCAAUUUGGGGCUACUUCCUGCUUUUCUGGUUCUUCUUCCUUGGCUUUCAGCUGCUGGGUGUAGAAAUCUUUGGUGAGGCCGAGUUCUGGCUGGGUCUCAUCAAGAUUGUCGGCCUGGUUGCCUUCUUCAUCUUUGCCAUCGUUUACGCUGCGGGAGGAGUCGGACGACUCGAUAACGGGGACGGAACAACGCGCGCUCUGGGAUUCCACUACUGGCACGACCCUGGAGCAUUCCCUAACGGCUUUCGAGGUGUUGCUCAGGUCUUCGUCUUCUGCUCCACCUUCUACGCUGGAGUUGAGUCUGUCGCCGUGGCUGCUACCGAGACCCGAAACCCUUCCGUUGCUGUGCCCCGAGCCAUUCGACAGGUUUUCUGGCGUAUUAUCUUUGUUUACCUGGGCUCCGCCUUCUUCUUCGGACUGGUCUGCUCCUCCAAGGCUACCCAGCUUGUUUCUGCUGACGCCAAGGCUCUUCAGUCUCCUAUGACCGUGGCUAUUCAGACUGCAGGAUGGCACGGAGGCGUUCAUCUGAUCAACGCCUUCAUUCUGGUUACCUGUCUGUCUGCCGUCAACUCCUCCAUCUACAUUGGCUCUCGAACCGUGCUGUUCAUGGCCAAGGACAAGAAGGCCCCCAAGUUCCUCGCCUACACCAACAAGCGAGGUGUGCCCGUUUUCGCCAUCAUCUUCACCAACGCCUUUGCCGCUCUGUCGCUGAUGAACAUCUCCACCGGUGCUGGUAAGGCUUACGGCUACAUUGUCAACCUGUCCGGUGUCUCCACCUUCCUGGUUUGGGGCUCCAUUUCCUUCAUCCAUCUGCGAUUCCGAGCCGGAUGGGCUGCUCAGGGCUACUCUCCUGAAGACCUGCCCUACCGAGCCAUGUUCUUCCCUUACAAUGCUUGGUUCGGUCUUGUUGCCAACGUUUUCCUGGCUCUGGUGCAGGGAUGGACCACUCUUUCGCCCUUCGAUGCAGGCAACUUUGUCGACGCGUACAUUCUGCUGCCUCUGUUCUUCGUCAUCUUCUUCCUCUACAAGAUUAUCUACAAGACCCGAUGGGUUCGAGCUAACGAGAUGGACGUCAUCUCUGGCCGACGAAAGGAUCUGGAUACCAAGGUCGAUGAGGAGCAGAUGAUCGACGGAGUCAUGACUCCCAAGAAGAAGACCGUCUGGAAAAAGGUCUGUGAAAAUUUCUAA